GUGCAGCAGAGGCAUUACAAACAAACACCCUAAGAUACGGUGGAGAUUAUUGAACUGUAAAUUCAAUAUUUGGUCUCUUUGCCUGUCAACCUUUGAUCACCAGAUUUGAAAUUCUUUUAAGAUGGAUACAGCUCCCAGGAUUGCUGGAGUCAAGUAUGAUUGCUUGCUUUUUGAUAUGGAUGAUACUCUAUACCCUUGGAGCUUAGGUCUCAAUUUGGCAUGUCGCAAGAACAUAGAAGAGUACAUGUUGAAACACUUGCAUAUUGAAGAAAGUGAAGUACCAAAGAUGUGCCUGGAUUUGUACAAGGAAUAUGGGACAACUAUGGCAGGACUGAAGGUCCUUGGUUAUGAGUUUGACGAUGAUGAGUUCCAUGCUAUCGUGCAUGGAAGUUUACCAUACGAGAAACUGAAGCCUGAUCCAGUUUUGAGGAACCUUCUGCUUUCCAUGCCUCAGCGUAAAAUAGUAUUUACCAAUGCAGACCGUGCACAUGCGGCUAAAGUUCUCAAGGGAUUGGGUUUGGAAGAUUGUUUUGAAGGCGUCAUAUGCUUUGAAACGCUUAAUCCUCCCAAACAAACUAAUUACAUGGAUGUACUGGAUGAUAAUCACGUGGUCACAGGAAGUACAACGUUUAGUAAUGCCUGCGAUUUAACAGAGAUUGUUUGUUUUAAAUCUCACUCAAAAAUCCUCUGUAAACCAUCUGUGGAAGCCUUUGAAGCUGCUAUUCGGAUUGCUAACGCAGAUCCAAAGAAAACACUUUUCUUUGAUGAUAGUGUUAGAAAUGUUGCAAGUGGGAAAAUAGCUGGACUUCACACUGUUAUCGUGGGACGUUUAGAUUUGGUGCCUGGUGCUGACCAUGCUCUGAAUAGUAUUCAUAAUAUCAAAGAAGCAUUACCUGAAAUAUGGGAUGUUGAAGAAGGCAACCAACAGCAAAUGAUCCAAGCUCCAGCUGUUGAAACCAUGGUCCUUGCAUAGGUUUUGCUUCGACUAAAUAUUUUAGUAAAUGUAUGAAGCAAAUCAAGAGUUUCUA